GAGUUAUGAGACACGUGAUUUAGAAGUCGGUUCCUCGCUUUAAACCCGCAAGCACCUAGCGCAGGAAGGGUUACUGUAAGGGGCGUGACUAAUGCCGGGGAAGUAUUCAUGAGGAGGCGGGGUUAUUACGGCUUCAACUCUGGGAACGAUUAAUAUUAAUGAGGGGGCGGGGCCGGGAUGCUGCGAUCUGGUUGCCACUGACAGCUGAGGAAAGUCGCUGGGAGACAGAGUCGGGCUGGAGAACGAUCCCGGGGACUGACCCAGGCAGGGAAAGCGCCUUCUCACCCACCAACGAGCAUGAUGUUUGGGAUGAGGACAGGGCCGGCUGAGCCCAGCUGAACCAGGAGUCUCUGCACAGCCACUAAACCCACAAAUCCUGAGACUCUGCACCCCCCGACCCCAUUCAUUCUGCACCCCCCGACCCCAUUCAUUCUGCACCCCCUGACCCAUUAUCCACCCCCUGACCCCACUCAUUCUGUACCCCCUGACCCAUUACACACCCCCCGACCCCACUCAUCCUGAGCCCACUCAUCCUGCACCCCCUAACCCCACUCAUUCUGCACCCCCUGACCCCACUCAUUCUGCACCCCUUGACCCCACCCCAAUACAUUUGCACAUACUCAUCUCCCUUAUCUCAUGAUUUUCUGCCCCCCAGCAAAUAACUUAACUUUAGCCUCCAAUAACAGGGAUAAUAAAUAACACCCAUAUCUAUCCUACUACUUCCCCCCCUACUUGCAGACUGGGCAAUUAAAAGGACAAUCUGGUGGUCCUCCUGCUUUUCUUCUAUUCUGAAUACUCAGCCACCUCCCCCAUCAUCAUGUUUAGUCCCAGGUUGAACUGCACCAAAUAAACCACUAGCCCUCCUUUAGUCCUAUUGUUCUUUUAAUAACCACUGUGCCCCCUACACUGCACCUCCCCCAUACUCCCAGGGCUUCAUACCCCCCCAUCACUGCCCCUUAGCACCAACUCGUACCCCCUUCCCUGUGUCCCCUGUCUUUUUCAUCUGGCACCCCUCAAUUUACCACUACCCACGUUUUCUCAAUCCAAGAGGGACUUACCUUGGGCUCCUCAUGAACUGUCAGCUUUGGUGACACCUCACACAGGAUACACAGGGUCACCUACCAACAUGGAGAGUGCGGCCCUCCCGCAGGACAGGUCCUUCCACAGUCCAUUCCUGGAGCUGGAAGACUUCAGUGAGGCAGAUUUCAUGAACAAUAUGCACUUCUCAGAAGCUCUCGACGACUUCUCCAAUGAGCUAUUUAACAGUUUUUUCGAUGACCCGCCCUUACUGGAUCGAGACUCCCUACUGGACAUGGAUGUGGAGAGUUCGUCCCCACCUAUCCAAGCCGAACACAGCUACUCACUGAGUGGAGACUCAGCCCCACAGAGUCCUGCUCUUACCAUAAAGGAGGAAGAUGAAGAAAGUGCGACUGAGCCCCCGAGCAGUGGAGUCUGGGCCCUGGAACACGAGAUCUGUUCCCUACUGGUCAAACAGGAACACGGUGUAACUGCACAAACCAACGCUGCGCACUGCAGCACCGCACUAGAACAAGCCCAGGGCUACAUGGGCCCCCAAGACGAGGAGAAUGUGCCCAGGACAUCGAUCCCACAUAUAAAAGCUGAACCGGGGGUGCCGCAUAGCUUCAUAAAUAUACCAGCAGAUGUUUUAGGGAUGAUGCCUCUCACCCCACCGAGUAGUCACAGCAGUGACAGUGAUGGCUCCCAGAGCCCCCGAUCUCUUCCGCCCCCAAGCCCAGCCCGUGCUGUCCCACGUUCUUCUCAUGCUAUAUCCUCAUCACCCCUACUUACUGCACCCCAUAAACUUCAAGGCACAUCUGGGCCGUUGAUGCUGACCGAGGAAGAGAGGAGAACCCUGGUGGCUGAGGGCUACCCCAUUCCUACCAAACUGCCCCUUACGAAGACCGAAGAGAAGGCUCUCAAGAGAGUGAGAAGAAAGAUCAAAAAUAAGAUCUCAGCCCAAGAGAGCCGAAGGAAAAAGAAGGAAUAUGUGGAGUGCUUGGAGAAAAAGGUGGAAAGCUUCACAUCACAGAACAGUGAACUGUGGAAGAAAGUAGAAACCCUGGAGAACGCCAACAGGUCCCUGCUGCAGCAGUUACAGAAGUUACAGGCGCUGGUGACAGGGAAGGUGCCCAGACCAUGUAAACUGGCUGCCACCCAGACAAGCACCUGCCUAAUGGUGAUGGUGCUGUGUUUUGUUCUUGCUUUUGGGUCCUUGAUCCCUUCCUUUCCAGAAUUUUCUUCAGGGUCCCAGACGGUGAAAUCAGCUCCUCUGCUGACACCCGACCUAUAUACCCACAGCCUAAGUAAGUCUUUUACUUCUCUGCUGACUGUCCCCUGCAUGUAUUGUCUCCGGGAGGUUUGCUGGAGUUUGGGGAAGUGGCUGCUUCUUGUUUAUAGACAUUGGACCCGUUGGUGCCACUUGAUGGUCUUUUCUGUUUGUUUUUCAGUCCGCUCCCGAAAUCUCCUGUCCUAUGAUGAGGGGCCCGGGGCGAUGGACGAAGGGCCCAAUUCUGUUCUAGGGUUGCAGAAGACUGAUUGGGUUCCAGAUGCAGCAUCUCUCAGCCAACACCCAGAGUACACCUCCCAUGAGAGGGGCAAGUACCUGGGGGACAACCAGACAGAUGGAAGAUUAACGAGACAAGAAGAGGGGGACAGAAGCGCAGAUUUUUUGUAGGGUCGGUCCGAGGGAGAGGAAUCCAGAGCUGACAAUAGGGAAGAGUGAAGAACCGCAGGGUGAUUGACUGUGAACUUAUGAGAAACUGCCCCCCCCCCAGCACAGACCUCAGUCCAUCUGUCUCUGCAAAGCCACAACAUGACACCGAGGAGGAAUCGCGUCCCCAGCCUCCGAGAGAAAAGACUCAAAUAGCAGCGUCUCAGCACGGAGCUGGCACAAGUGCCCAUCUUGUUCCCAAACUGUCAGCGCAUUGAGCAUAGAGGCUUCAACCGCUUCUGCCUAAUCUGCUUAUAAUUAGCAUUCCUCUUGGCCAACCCUUUCACUGCCAGACAGAACUAUGAUGCCUCGAUGGCUCUACUGGGUUUUUUAUUCUUCCGCCAACCAAGGACUUCUUCUGCCAGCCCUAUUGCCCAUCAGCCUGGGACCCUCACACGACCUCUGCGCCCCCUCCCCAACGUUCAUUGGUUCCUUGUACAGAACACUCCCGGAUUUCUGGAGAAGACGACGAUAGUUAGUGCAAGCUUUAUCUCACAGAUUUAUCUGCUCCUUACUCUCCUCUCCUCUUUGUGCCUGCUUCAGUCAAGCAAAAUUAAAAGAGAAAAAAAAAUUGCAUUAUCA